CGCCCCCUUCCCCUCUCCCCCACCCGGCUGGGCGCAGAGUCCCCCAUCCCCACCCCCGUGGGAACGUUCGGAGCCUGCACUCCUCCGAGCCUCGGCUCGCCCCUUCCCUCACCUCAGCCCCCGCUGCCCGCCCUCUUCCCGGCCCUGGGCGCCCGCCGCCCAGUCCCUCCGCCGCCCCCCGGCCGCGGGGAGGACAUGGCCGCGCACAGGCCGGUGGAAUGGGUCCAGGCCGUGGUCAGCCGCUUCGACGAGCAGCUUCCAAUAAAAACAGGACAGCAAAAUACCCAUACCAAAGUCAGUACUGAACACAACAAGGAGUGUCUAAUCAAUAUUUCCAAAUACAAGUUUUCUUUGGUUAUAAGCGGCCUCACUACUAUCUUAAAGAAUGUUAACAAUAUGAGGAUAUUUGGAGAAGCUGCUGAAAAAAAUUUAUAUCUCUCUCAAUUGAUUAUAUUGGAUACACUGGAAAAAUGUCUUGCUGGGCAACCAAAGGACACAAUGAGAUUAGAUGAAACAAUGCUGGUCAAACAGUUGCUGCCAGAAAUCUGCCACUUUCUUCAUACUUGUCGUGAAGGGAACCAACAUGCAGCUGAACUUCGGAAUUCUGCCUCUGGGGUUUUAUUUUCUCUUAGCUGCAACAACUUCAAUGCAGUCUUUAGUCGAAUUUCUACCAGGUUACAGGAAUUGACUGUUUGUUCAGAAGACAAUGUUGAUGUCCAUGAUAUAGAGUUACUACAGUAUAUCAAUGUGGAUUGUGCAAAAUUAAAACGACUCCUGAAGGAAAUAGCAUUUAAAUUUAAAGCCCUAAAGAAGGUUGCACAGUUAGCAGUUAUAAAUAGCCUGGAGAAGGCCUUUUGGAACUGGGUAGAAAAUUAUCCAGAUGAAUUUACAAAGCUAUACCAGAUUCCACAGACUGAUAUGGCUGAAUGUGCAGAAAAGCUGUUUGACUUGGUGGAUGGCUUUGCUGAAAGCACCAAACGGAAAGCAGCAGUUUGGCCAUUGCAAAUCAUUCUCCUUAUUUUGUGUCCAGAAAUAAUCCAGGACAUAUCUAAGGACGUGGUUGAUGAAAACAACAUAAAUAAGAAGUUGUUUCUGGACAGUCUCCGAAAAGCACUUGCUGGCCAUGGAGGAAGUAGGCAGCUGACAGAAAGUGCUGCAAUUGCUUGUGUCAAAUUGUGUAAAGCUAGUACUUACAUCAACUGGGAAGAUAACUCCGUGAUUUUCCUGUUAGUUCAGUCCAUGGUGGUUGAUCUUAAGAACCUACUUUUUAAUCCAACUAAACCAUUCUCAAGAGGUAGUCAGCCUGCGGAUGUGGAUCUAAUGAUUGAUUGCCUUGUUUCUUGCUUUCGUAUAAGCCCUCAGAACAACCAACACUUUAAGAUCUGCUUGGCUCAGAAUUCACCAUCUACAUUUCAUUAUGUGCUGGUAAAUUCACUCCAUCGAAUCAUCACCAAUUCUGCAUUGGAUUGGUGGCCUAAGAUUGAUGCUGUAUAUUGUCACUCAGUUGAACUUCGAAAUAUGUUUGGUGAGACACUCCAUAAAGCAGUGCAGGGUUGUGGAGCACAUCCAGCAAUACGAAUGGCACCGAGUCUUACAUUUAAGGAAAAAGUGACAAGCCUUAAAUUUAAAGAAAAACCUACAGACCUAGAGACAAGAAGCUAUAAGUAUCUUCUCUUAUCCAUGGUGAAACUGAUUCAUGCAGAUCCAAAGCUCUUGCUCUGUAAUCCAAGGAAACAAGGGCCUGAAACUCCAGGCAGUACAGCUGAAUUAAUUACAGGGCUCGUCCAGUUGGUCCCUCAGUCACACAUGCCAGAGAUUGCUCAGGAAGCAAUGGAGGCUUUGCUGGUUCUUCAUCAGCUAGACAGCAUUGAUUUAUGGAAUCCCGAUGCUCCUGUAGAAACAUUUUGGGAGAUCAGUUCCCAAAUGCUUUUUUACAUCUGCAAGAAACUAACUAGUCAUCAAAUGCUUAGUAGCACAGAAAUUCUCAAGUGGUUACGAGAAAUUUUGAUCUGCAGGAAUAAAUUUCUUCUUAAAAAUAAGCAGGCAGAUAGAAGCUCCUGUCACUUUCUCUUCCUUUAUGGAGUAGGAUGUGAUGUUCCUGCUAGUGGAAAUACCACUCAGAUGUCCAUGGAUCAUGAUGAAUUACUACGUGCCUGUACUCCUGGAGCAUCUCUGCGAAAGGGGAAAGGAAACUCCUCCAUGGAUAGUGCAGCAGGGUACAGUGGAACCCCACCAAUAUGCCGCCAGGCCCAGACCAAACUCGAAGUGGCCCUGUACAUGUUUCUGUGGAGCCCUGACACGGAAGCCGUCCUGGUCGCUAUGUCGUGUUUCCGCCACCUCUGUGAGGAAGCUGACAUCCGGUGUGGGGUGGAUGAGGUGUCAGUGCACAACUUCUUGCCCAACUACAACACGUUCAUGGAGUUCGCCUCUGUCAGCAGCAUGAUGUCAACAGGAAGAGCAGCACUUCAGAAACGAGUGAUGGCACUGCUAAGGCGCAUCGAGCACCCCACUGCAGGAAACACUGAGGCUUGGGAAGAUACACAUGCAAAAUGGGAACAAGCUACAAAACUAAUCCUGAACUAUCCUAAAGCCAAAAUGGAAGAUGGCCAGGCUGCUGAAAGUCUUCAUAAGACCAUUGUUAAGAGACGAAUGUCCCAUGUGAGUGGAGGCGGAUCUAUAGAUUUAUCUGAUACAGACUCCCUGCAGGAGUGGAUCAACAUGACUGGCUUCCUUUGUGCACUUGGAGGAGUGUGCCUGCAGCAGAGAAGCAAUUCUGGUCUCGCAACCUAUAGCCCACCCAUGGGCCCAGUUAGCGAACGUAAAGGUUCCAUGAUUUCAGUGAUGUCUUCAGAGGGAAAUGCAGAUACACCUGUCAGCAAAUUUAUGGAUCGGCUGCUAUCCUUAAUGGUGUGUAACCAUGAGAAAGUGGGACUUCAAAUACGGAGCAAUGUUAAGGAUCUGGUGGGUCUAGAGUUGAGUCCUGCUCUCUAUCCAAUGCUAUUUAACAAAUUGAAGAAUACCAUCAGCAAGUUUUUUGACUCCCAAGGACAGGUUUUAUUGACUGACACCAAUACUCAGUUUGUAGAGCAAACCAUAGCUAUCAUGAAGAACUUACUGGAUAAUCAUACUGAAGGCAGCUCUGAACAUCUGGGGCAAGCUAGCAUUGAAACAAUGAUGUUAAAUCUGGUCAGAUAUGUUCGUGUGCUUGGGAAUAUGGUCCAUGCAAUUCAAAUAAAAACAAAACUUUGUCAGUUAGUUGAAGUUAUGAUGGCAAGGAGAGAUGACCUCUCAUUUUGUCAAGAGAUGAAAUUUAGGAAUAAAAUGGUAGAAUACCUGACGGACUGGGUUAUGGGAACAUCAAACCAAGCAGCAGAUGAUGAUGUAAAAUGUCUUACAAGAGAUUUGGACCAGGCAAGCAUGGAAGCAGUAGUUUCACUCCUCGCUGGUCUUCCGCUGCAACCUGAGGAAGGAGAUGGUGUGGAAUUGAUGGAAGCCAAAUCACAGUUAUUUCUUAAGUACUUCACCUUAUUUAUGAACCUUUUGAAUGACUGUAGUGAAGUUGAAGAUGAAAAUGCACAAACAGGUGGCAGGAAACGUGGCAUGUCUCGAAGACUGGCAUCCCUGAGGCACUGUACAGUCCUAGCAAUGUCAAACUUACUUAAUGCUAAUGUGGACAGCGGCCUCAUGCACUCCAUAGGUUUAGGUUAUCACAAGGAUCUCCAGACAAGAGCUACAUUUAUGGAAGUUCUGACAAAAAUCCUUCAACAAGGAACAGAAUUUGACACACUUGCAGAAACGGUGUUAGCAGAUCGAUUUGAGAGACUUGUGGAAUUGGUCACAAUGAUGGGGGAUCAGGGAGAGCUUCCUAUAGCUAUGGCUCUGGCCAAUGUGGUCCCUUGUUCUCAGUGGGAUGAACUAGCUCGAGUUCUGGUUACUCUGUUUGAUUCUCGGCAUUUACUGUACCAGCUACUCUGGAACAUGUUUUCUAAGGAAGUCGAAUUGGCAGACUCCAUGCAAACUCUUUUUCGAGGCAACAGCUUGGCGAGUAAAAUAAUGACAUUCUGUUUCAAGGUCUAUGGUGCUACCUACCUACAAAAACUCCUGGAUCCUCUAUUACGAAUUGUUAUCACAUCCUCUGACUGGCAACAUGUUAGCUUUGAAGUGGAUCCCACCAGGUUAGAACCAUCAGAGAGUCUUGAGGAAAACCAGCGGAACCUCCUUCAGAUGACUGAAAAGUUCUUCCAUGCCAUUAUCAGUUCCUCCUCAGAGUUCCCUCCUCAGCUUCGAAGUGUGUGCCACUGUUUAUAUCAGGCAACUUGCCACUCCCUACUGAAUAAAGCUACAGUAAAAGAAAAAAAGGAAAACAAAAAAUCAGUGGUUAGCCAGCGUUUCCCUCAGAACAGCAUCGGUGCAGUAGGAAGUGCCAUGUUCCUCAGAUUUAUUAAUCCUGCCAUUGUCUCACCAUAUGAAGCAGGGAUUUUAGAUAAAAAGCCACCACCUAGAAUCGAAAGGGGCUUGAAGUUAAUGUCAAAGAUACUUCAGAGUAUUGCCAAUCAUGUUCUCUUCACAAAGGAAGAGCAUAUGCGACCUUUUAAUGAUUUUGUGAAAAGCAACUUUGAUGCAGCACGAAGGUUUUUCCUUGAUAUAGCAUCAGAUUGUCCCACAAGUGAUGCUGUAAAUCAUAGUCUUUCCUUCAUCAGUGAUGGCAAUGUGCUUGCUUUACAUCGUCUGCUUUGGAACAAUCAGGAAAAAAUUGGCCAGUAUCUUUCCAGCAACAGGGAUCAUAAAGCUGUUGGAAGACGACCUUUCGAUAAGAUGGCAACACUUCUUGCAUACCUCGGUCCUCCAGAGCACAAGCCUGUGGCAGAUACACAUUGGUCAAGCCUUAACCUUACCAGUUCCAAGUUUGAGGAAUUUAUGACUAGACAUCAAGUACAUGAAAAAGAAGAGUUUAAGGCUUUGAAAACAUUAAGUAUUUUCUACCAAGCUGGCACUUCCAAAGCUGGGAAUCCCAUUUUUUAUUAUGUUGCACGGAGGUUCAAAACUGGUCAAAUCAAUGGUGAUUUGCUGAUAUAUCACGUCUUGCUGACUUUAAAGCCAUAUUAUGCAAAGCCAUAUGAAAUUGUAGUGGACCUUACCCAUACUGGGCCUAGCAAUCGCUUCAAAACAGACUUUCUUUCCAAGUGGUUUGUUGUUUUUCCUGGCUUUGCUUAUGACAAUGUCUCUGCAGUGUAUAUCUAUAACUGUAACUCCUGGGUUAGGGAGUACACCAAGUAUCACGAGCGGCUGCUGACUGGCCUCAAAGGCAGCAAGAGACUAAUUUUCAUAGAUUGUCCUGGGAAACUGGCUGAACACAUAGAGCAUGAUCAACAGAAACUGCCUGCUGCCACGUUAGCUUUGGAAGAGGAUCUGAAGGUGUUCCAUAAUGCUCUCAAGCUAGCCCACAAAGAUACCAAAGUUUCUAUUAAGGUUGGUUCUACUGCUGUUCAGGUAACAUCAGCAGAGAGAACAAAAGUCCUGGGGCAAUCAGUCUUUCUAAACGACAUCUACUAUGCCUCAGAAAUUGAAGAAAUCUGCCUUGUGGAUGAGAACCAGUUUACCUUAACCAUUGCCAACCAGGGCACACCGCUCACCUUCAUGCACCAGGAGUGCGAAGCCAUCGUCCAGUCUAUCAUUCAUAUCCGGACCCGCUGGGAGCUGUCACAGCCUGACUCCAUCCCCCAGCACACCAAGAUCCGGCCAAAAGAUGUCCCCGGGACACUGCUUAAUAUUGCAUUACUUAAUUUAGGCAGUUCAGACCCUAGUUUACGGUCAGCUGCCUAUAAUCUUCUGUGUGCCUUAACUUGUACCUUUAAUUUAAAAAUCGAGGGCCAGUUACUAGAGACAUCAGGUUUAUGUAUCCCAGCCAACAACACCCUCUUUAUUGUCUCUAUUAGUAAAACACUGGCAGCCAAUGAGCCACACCUCACGUUAGAAUUUUUGGAAGAGUGUAUUUCUGGAUUUAGCAAAUCUAGUAUUGAAUUGAAGCACCUUUGUCUGGAAUAUAUGACCCCCUGGCUGUCAAAUCUGGUCCGUUUUUGUAAGCAUAAUGAUGAUGCCAAACGACAGAGGGUUACUGCUAUUCUUGAUAAGCUGAUAACAAUGACCAUCAAUGAGAAACAGAUGUAUCCAUCUAUUCAAGCAAAAAUAUGGGGGAGUCUCGGGCAGAUUACAGAUCUGCUUGAUGUUGUACUAGACAGUUUCAUCAAAACCAGUGCAACUGGUGGCUUGGGAUCAAUAAAAGCCGAGGUGAUGGCAGAUACUGCUGUAGCUUUAGCUUCUGGAAAUGUGAAGCUGGUUUCAAGCAAGGUCAUUGGGAGGAUGUGCAAAAUAAUUGACAAGACAUGCUUAUCUCCAACUCCUACCUUAGAACAACAUCUGAUGUGGGACGAUAUUGCUAUUUUAGCCCGCUACAUGCUGAUGCUGUCCUUCAACAAUUCCCUUGAUGUGGCAGCUCAUCUCCCCUACCUCUUCCAUGUUGUUACUUUCUUAGUAGCCACAGGCCCAUUGUCCCUUAGAGCUUCCACUCAUGGAUUGGUCAUUAAUAUCAUCCACUCUCUGUGUACUUGUUCACAGCUUCACUUUAGUGAAGAAACCAAGCAAGUUUUGAGACUCAGUCUAACAGAGUUCUCAUUACCCAAAUUUUACUUGCUGUUUGGCAUUAGCAAAGUUAAGUCAGCAGCUGUCAUAGCCUUCCGAUCCAGUUACCGAGACAGGUCCUUCUCUCCUGGCUCCUAUGAGAGGGAGACUUUUGCAUUAACAUCCUUAGAAACAGUCACAGAAGCUCUGUUGGAGAUCAUGGAGGCUUGUAUGAGAGAUAUUCCAACAUGCAAAUGGCUGGACCAGUGGACAGAACUAGCGCAAAGAUUUGCAUUCCAGUACAAUCCAUCCCUGCAACCAAGAGCUCUUGUGGUCUUUGGCUGUAUUAGCAAACGAGUGUCUCACGGGCAGAUAAAGCAGAUAAUCCGUAUUCUUAGCAAGGCACUGGAGAGCUGCUUAAAAGGACCUGAUACUUAUAACAGUCAAGUUCUGAUAGAAGCUACAGUAAUAGCACUAACCAAAUUACAGCCACUUCUCAAUAAGGACUCCCCUCUGCACAGAGCCCUGUUCUGGGUGGCGGUGGCUGUGCUGCAGCUGGAUGAGGUCAACUUGUAUUCAGCAGGCACUGCCCUUCUGGAACAAAACCUGCACACCUUAGAUAGUCUCCGAAUAUUCAAUGACAAGAGUCCAGAAGAAGUAUUUAUGGCUAUCCGAAACCCUCUGGAGUGGCACUGUAAGCAAAUGGAUCAUUUUGUCGGACUCAAUUUCAACUCUAACUUUAACUUUGCACUGGUCGGACAUCUUCUAAAAGGGUACAGGCAUCCUUCACCUGCCAUUGUGGCAAGAACAGUAAGAAUUUUGCACACACUGUUAACUCUGGUUAAUAAACACAGAAAUUGUGACAAAUUUGAGGUGAAUACACAGAGCGUGGCUUACCUAGCAGCUUUACUCACAGUGUCUGAAGAGGUUCGAAGUCGCUGCAGCCUAAAACACAGAAAGUCCCUUCUUCUUACUGAUAUUUCAAUGGACAACGUUCCUAUGGAUAUAUAUCCCAUUCAUCACGGUGACCCCAGCUAUCGGGCACUAAAGGAAAACCAACCAUGGUCCUCUCCCAAAGGUUCUGAAGGAUACCUUGCAGCCACCUAUCCAACUGUGGGCCAGACCAGUCCCCGAGCCAGGAAAUCCAUGAGCUUGGACAUGGGGCAGCCUUCUCAGGCCAACACGAAGAAGUUGCUUGGAACAAGGAAAAGUUUUGAUCACUUGAUAUCAGACACAAAGGCUCCUAAAAGGCAAGAAAUGGAAUCAGGGAUCACAACACCCCCCAAAAUGAGAAGAGUAGCAGAAACUGAUUAUGAAAUGGAAACUCAAAGGGUUUCCUCGUCACAGCAGCACCCACAUUUACGUAAAGUUUCAGUGUCUGAAUCGAAUGUUCUUUUGGAUGAAGAAGUACUUACUGAUCCGAAGAUCCAAGCGCUUCUUCUUACCGUUCUAGCAACGCUGGUAAAAUAUACUACGGAUGAAUUUGAUCAACGAAUUCUUUAUGAAUAUUUAGCAGAGGCCAGCGUUGUGUUCCCCAAAGUAUUUCCUGUUGUGCACAAUUUGUUGGACUCUAAGAUCAACACCUUGUUGUCAUUAUGCCAAGAUCCAAAUUUGUUAAAUCCAAUCCAUGGAAUCGUGCAGAGCGUGGUGUACCAUGAAGAGUCCCCACCACAGUACCAAACAUCCUACCUGCAAAGUUUUGGUUUUAAUGGCCUGUGGCGGUUUGCAGGACCCUUUUCAAAGCAAACACAAAUCCCAGACUAUGCUGAGCUUAUUGUUAAGUUUCUUGAUGCCUUGAUUGACACGUACUUGCCUGGAAUUGAUGAAGAAACCAGUGAGGAGUCCCUCCUGACACCCACAUCUCCUUACCCUCCUGCACUGCAGAGCCAGCUUAGUAUCACUGCCAACCUUAACCUCUCUAAUUCCAUGACCUCACUUGCAACUUCCCAGCAUUCCCCAGGAAUCGACAAGGAGAACGUUGAACUCUCCCCCACCACUGGCCACUGUAAUAGUGGACGAACUCGCCACGGAUCCGCAAGCCAAGUGCAGAAGCAAAGAAGCGCUGGCAGUUUCAAACGUAAUAGCAUUAAGAAGAUCAUGUGAAGCUUUCUUUUUUUCAUUUUUCAAACCAGCGUAACAUGGGCUCUUCACUAGUGACCACUUCCCUGACUGUGCCCCGACCCCAUAUGUUGCAAUGCUGCACUUCAUGUUUUAUAAUGGAUCCAUCUAGUCUGCCGUGUCGCCCAAUGUUCAACUCCUGGAAGCAUUGCCUAAAUUUAAUGCUGCUUUUUUUUUUUUUUUAACUUUUUUUCCUUCUGCUUUUGGUGUGUAUCUGAUAUAAGCAAGUGUUCGGAACAACUACAGAGAAAGUGGGAGGUGAGGAAACUUGAGCUGAGAACACCCCGAUUUUGUGAGAGAGGAUGAAUUCUUGAAUACUGCUACUACUGGCCAGCUAUGAAAGCCAUUUGCACAGAGCUCUGCCUUCUUCGUUUGUCCCUUCAUCGUACAAAGUACAGUUUUAGUCUUAGUUACCUACUUUUCAAGAUAAGAGUUUGUGGGACGAGUAAUAUUAUAACCCCAGUACGUUUAAUCUGAUAUUUAGCUGUGGACUUUUUUUUACCUUAGAAACUGAAGGAACCACAGAGGUCAGACCACAGGGACUUCACCCCAUAAAGCCGCAGGCGAGGUCCUUUGGGGGUGGGAGUAAUUAGUAUUUUGUAGUAGAUUCUUAAGAAAUACUAACAUUUGAGGAUUAGCAAUAACUAUGGGAAAACAAACGUGACUACAUAUGUCUUAACAGUACUGAAUUCAAGCUGUGGUUUUUGAGACCUUAUCCAAACUCAGUAAUCUAAACUGGUUUCUUUCUUUCUCCGGUUGAUUACCAUUUAAUCUUUAAAUAUGCUAACAGUGUUGUCCUUUUGUUUUUGGUUUUUGUAAGCCAAAACUAUAUUAAGCAUAGUAAUUAUACCUUUUUUUGCCUCUUCCACUUCUUUCCAAAUAAUUCUGAGCAGGGUAAUUAGCAAAGUGCUGAAAAUGGUUCCCGAAAGGUAAUUUUCUUAGAUGUUUGCAUUAGCUGCAUAGCAAAAUGGAAUGGUACGCAAUUUUUAGAGUAGCUGAUAAGUUUAUUUUGUUAAAUAAUUUCCAGGAAACAGAGUAUGCUGUAUGUCAUUGUAAAAUUCUUUGAUGUAUUUUAAAAAUCCUUUACUCUUUCCCCGCUCCUUAAAAAUAUCAAGAAUCUCUUUUAAACAUUUGGAUUCUAUAGGAUAGAAUUGCAUCUAAUCACUGUGAAAAGUCUGGUCAGCCUGAAUUAGUGUGACAGUGGGCGAGCCUUAGAGUUGCUGCUAUACUGAAUGGUAUGGAUUUUCAUGGCAUAGGAAUCUCCCCAGUAAUGCAGAUCCCGUUUCUUUGUGGUACCUGCAGUGCGCAAAGUAAUUUUGCUUCAGCAAGCACAUUAAUAUCUGGAUGUUCGAAUUUAGGACUAAACUCUAUUUAUUUCAAAAGGGUACACUCCUCCCAGGUUCUCUUUACAUGUUAAGAUGUAACGGCUUUGGGAGGGGAGAAAAGAAACCGAGGGGAAAGGGGGUCCUGUAGUGUUAGUUCAUUAGUGGGUUUCAGUAAAUUAAAUUCCACAGCUAAUUCAGUAAGUAAUGGUACAUUUAAGUGUUCUCAUUAAUAAUAUAACACAUUUUACACUUAUCCACACAGUAACAAUGUAAUAUGUUAAUGUAAAUAAAAUUGCUUUUGAUAUUCAGAAAUAAUAAGAAUUUAAUUUUUUUAUUUUGUUUACAGACCUGGGAAAAUUAAGAACCAUUUGCCAAAAUAAAAGGAAAAAAAAAACUUUAGCAUUAAUAAUGAUUUAAACAUAGAAUUGUUGGAAAAUACUGAAGGCAGGUGCAAUUAACUAAGCUUUCAUUUCUGAAUUACUGUAGAGGCUGCAUUAGAGUAAGUGUUCCUAAUAACAGAGCAGCUGCAAUUGUAAAGAAGCUCAGAACUGAUGUAGAAGUAGAUCGGCGACACAGUGCCAAGGGUGCCGAGCUCCCACUGCGGCCGUGCUUCUGGGAUGUGGUGUCACAGCUUCUCGGCUCCUAGAGCCGCAGGCAGUGAGAGCCUUUAAUAAUGUUGGUUCAAUAUUUUUACUGUUUUUGUUGAUUCGGUGCAUAUGAUGGUGGGGGUAGUGCGUUUUUGCUUCUCCCAUCAAAAUAGAGAAACUUCCAAAGGUUUACUAUUAAAAAUAUCGACCUUUCCAUAAACAAGUUUACAAAAGUAUGAUGUUUCUUAAAUUAUUUCCCUCUGGUGUAAUGAAUGAAAUGAAUCCACUUGAAGUACCUCAUGAAAUGAUCAGCGUUGCACAAUUCAGAAUUGAGCCUUCUUUGAACUGCAAAAAUACUUUUGACCAGUAUGUACUGAAAGUGUACUGGAAUUUGAAAAGUUAACUAAGGUUUAGAAUUCAUCUUCUUUAAAGAACUUCUAACUUUUGAGGGAAAAAAAAAAAGCUUUCCAAAUGAAAUGAAAAUGAGCUAAAUCCCUCAUCCAUAUUCUUCCCCUGAGAAAUGAAAUACUUUUUUAGUCCUUAUACUUGUUCUACAUUUCCUGUUUUAUAUAAUUUGAUGUAAGAGCUGUCAUUUGUUUUAGGUUUGUAGAUGUUUCCCCCGACUUUAAAGAGGAAAACAAUAACUUGGUCACGUUGUUGUUGUGCUCCUGUUCCGGGCUGCGCUUCUUUGCCAGCACGGGUACAGGCCCCUGUCCUCCGACGGUCACUCGUGCCGGCUCCUUACUCCCUGAGCCAGGCACCAGGACACCACCGGGGACAGCCAGCCUCUGCGCCAUGGACUCAAGUCCUCAUGGUGGGAACGGAGGAUGAGCUUGCAAUCCUAGUUUGUGUGUUUUGGGGGUUUCCAGUUUCCUUUGGGGUUUUUGUUGGUUUUUUUGUUUUGUUUUGUUUUUUUGUUUUUUUGUGUGUUUUUUUUCUUAUUUUUCUGUUUUGUGUUUUGGCUUUUGUUUCUACUUUUACACAUUUUCCCACCCCCCAGGCAUAAUGAGGCAUGUCUUAUUCGAUAUUAUGCAAUGGACCUAUACAAAAAUUCACUUAGUGUCAGCCACACCAUUUUUUAAUGCAGUAUAUUCACCUGUAAAUAGUUUGUGUAAAAUUUGACAGAAAAGUAUAUUUACUACACUGUAAAUACAUGUGAUGAUAUAUUGUAUUAUUUCGCUUUUUUUGUAAAGCAGUUAGUUGCUGUACAUGGAUAACAAAAAUUUGAUUAUUCUCGUGUUAGUACUGUUAACUUCUUCCUACGACUGCGUUACAUCAUUUAAAGAAAAUGCUGUGUAUUGUAAACUCACAUUGUAUAUGAGAACUUACCCUCCUUCCCAGUGGGCUAAACUUCGACAGUUCCUUGUCUAUAACCUUGUUCAUAUUGUAAGCAGUUGUAUGCCAGCAGGAAAAAUACUGCCCAACAGACAAGAUCGACCACUGUAGGGGAAAUUCAUAGAAAUCUGUCUCGGACCAUUGUUCCCCACUCCAUUUGCGUCCCGUGUAUGUACUCCCCUCCCCCUUUUUUAAAGUAAAAUGUAAAUUCAAUCCACUCUAA